CUAAUACCACGGCCACCUUCAUCAUCAUCCUCUCAUCUUCUUGCUCCCUUCUUGCUCCCGCUCCGGGUACGGCGGCAACUUGGUAGUCCAAGGUACCGACUUGUAGCUUCGAUCCCACUCUGUUAUCGCUCUCUGCCCCUGUCAUGUCACCACCCGUUUUCGCCUUCAUCUUCAUAGAUUAACCAAUUCAAGGAGUCAUUUCAGAUUACAGUUUGCUUCAAGAGGGGUAGGAACAGAGAGACAGACACACCAAGAGGGAAAGAUGAGGGGCUAGACACCUGUUGCUUUCGGAGAUCUCGAAGUCAAAAAUGAAUCUGGAGCGAUGGAAGAAGGAAAUCUACGAAAUCUACGAAGCAACUAGAUGCAGUCCUGGAAAACGGGCCCGCUCCAUCUACUGCCCGCUUUAGUUUUGCCCCUCCCUGGCUGGCAGUGGUUGAAUGAACGAGCGAAAGAGAGACAGCCAUUGCGGAACGAGGACGAACGAGACCGUACCGAAUUUUCCUUGCCUGGGCGGCGGCUUCGUUCUUCGACUUCUUCUUCUUCUGCCUCUGCCUGCCUAGACUACCUGCUUGCUGCAAGUUGCAACAACGUCCGAGCUCCUCCUCCCUUAUCAAUAUCAUUCCUGAAUUAUGUCGAGCUUUUUUGAUUAGGAACAUCUUUUGCUGGGGUG